GACUCGGUGGCGCCAACACAGAGCUUAUGCUGCUUACAAACAGCAACAGAAAGCUUCUUUGAUUCUCCAAUGCUUGUGGAGGGCACGCAUUGCAAGAAAGGAACUUCGGAAACUGAGAAUGGAAGCAAGAGAGACCGGCGCACUGAAAGAAGCAAAAGACAAGCUAGAAAAGAGAGUAGAAGAACUGACAUGGCGGUUAGACGUCGAGAAGCGUUUGAGGGCUGACCUUGAAGAAGCAAAGAGCCAUGAAAUUGAAAAGUUGCAAUCUGCACUGCAAAAAAUGCAAGAAAAUCUCAAGGAAGCCCAUGCAGCAAUAGUAAAUGAGAAAGAGGCUGCAAAGUUAGCGAUUGAACAGGCACCACCAAAGAUAGUAGAAGUGCCGGUUAUUGACAAUGCAAAACUUGAGGAGUUGACAACCCAAAAUAAAGAACUUGAGUCUGAUGAACUGUCACAGGAGACACAAGAACAAGCAUCCAAAGUUAUUCAACUUCAAGAGCUGGUCGAAAGGCUUGAAGCAAGUUUAUCCAAUAUGGAAUCUCAAAACCAAGUUCUACGACAAUAG